GGAAGGAGCCUUUAGCUGUCCUUUCCUUCUUGGUGCCAAGACCGUCUCGGGGCAGGCUCGAGGUGCUGCCUGCCGCUCGACUUCGUCUGCUCUUUUCUUUUUCUUUUUUCCUUCUUUUUUGCCCUUUUGUUAUAUACAAGCUUCUGUCUCUGGCCUCCCAGAAGUGUUUUUCCUCCCAAGCCCGCGGCCCCCAUCUGACCAACCAAUAGGCAGGGCUAGCCAACUAGCGAGGAGGCUACUACCUAGCCUGAGUUUUGAGUUCUUGAGAGGUACCCGUGCGCCAAACUCCACCAUCUUGCCCGAGCUCCAUGGCAUUUUCGGGUGGAAGAGGCCCUCGCGCGCAUCUUCUCACCAUCCGAGAAGCUCCCCUGUAAAAAAAAAGCACGCACACACACACAAAGCGCCAUGACCAACCAACCCCUCACCUAAGCUUGUCUCUCAUCGGGGAAACACAUGACAAACCUGCAUGCUGUCUUGGUGGAACAUCUCGAUUGCCCGUUGUUUCCCCCUCAACACCGAAACACUCAGCAAAACAAAAACAAAAAGACGAGGAAUAUCAGCCGGCGGCGAGAGAAGAGGAGGCGGCAUCGAUGAUUGGCAAGGAAAAAAUGAGCGCCGAGCCCAAGCCACCACUGCCGCUGCCGUCAUCGCCGCCCACCGUGGGCGCGACUACCCUGCCGCAACCCGCGCAGCCUGGCGGCACGCAUGGUGAUGACGAGGGCCGCCUGCCGUCUAGACCAGCCGUGGAUGCUCAGAUCCCGCUUCCCCGGGUCACGAUUAAGUUUUGUACGCAGUGCAAGUGGAUGCUCCGUGCGGCAUAUUACGCCCAAGAGCUCCUUUCAACCUUUUCCACCUCCUUGGGCGAGGUUGCUCUCCAGCCAGCAACCGGCGGCGUCUUUGUCGUCCAGAUACACCAUGUCCCACCAACGCCAGAACCAGCAUCAUCAUCAUCAGCAGGCGUAGGAACAGUACCCCCACCCCCGGCGGCGGCGGCGGCCCUGGCGCGCACGCUCUGGGACCGCAAGGUGGACGGCGGCUUCCCCGAGACCAAGGAGCUCAAGCGUCGCCUGCGGGACGUCAUCGAGCCCGGUCGGAACCUCGGCCACGUCGACCGGGAUUACCCGCCCCGCCCGGCGCCGGCGGCUUCGGCCUCGGUCCGUGAUGCUACUGUGGAGGAGAAAGGUGAGACGGCUAGUGCGCGGCAGGAAUCUGUCGGCCGCCCUGUAGAAGUCGGCACUCCGCCGUCACAGCCUCGACCAUCGCCAAAGAUCACUGCAACGUCGACGGCACCCGAGCCCAAGGAGAGCGCGGUAGAUAAGGUGGAGCGUAUCAUCCGCAAGAUGGUAGAGGCGGAAGCGGAGCGUGAGAAACGGGCCGCCGAGUCCGAGGCCAAGGAAAAGGCUGCGGCGGCCGAACGCGUCGAUCUCGCACACCGUGCCGCCGUCAGCGCGGCCGCUGACCUAGCUGGGUCCGAGCCAAAAUGUGAGGACUGCCAGUAAAAGUCAGUCUAUACUCGGUUGCGAUAUGGCAGAGAGGUAGGUACCUAGACAGCUAGGAAGCUACCUUGUGUACCUAAGAGACUCAAACCAACUGCCGUUGAACAAUACAAAUGGGAAGCUGCAAGACACAUGAA